AUGUCCUUCUUUAAUGAGCGCUGUCGCAAGGAACAUCUAACUAGAGAUUGGCAAUCACAUUCUCCCAGAGACAUCGCAUGGAUUAGCAUCUCUCUCUCUCUCUCUCUCUCUCUCUCUCUCUCUUUCUCUCUACUUUUUCGUCUUCUAUCUUCCAUCGGAAAGUUACGCCAAUCCGCGCCUCUCUCCCAUUUUCUCCCAGUUUUGUGGAUCAAUGUCUGUGAAUUUCAAGUUGCGCUUGCAGACAUUCUGAAAGCGCGGGGCAGGAUGGUCUACUGGGCUUUGUCCGAUGACCAACUCACUAUUUUUCCUGCUUCUUCGUUUCUUGCAUUUUCUUUUUUUUUUUUAUUUUUUUUCUUCUUUUUUUGUUAUGUUGCUUUCUGUAAUACUCGUUACUUUUAUCAUUCUCUUUUUUCCCUUUCGUUUUCUUUCUCCUCUUACCUUCUCCUAGUAAUUAUUUUCUUUCUCUUUCUCUAUCUCUUAUUUUUUUCUUUAUCUUUGUCGUAUUUAUUUUUGUCUCCUUUUUUUUCUCCUCCUCCGUUUUUCCUCCGUUCUUCUUUUAGUUGCACUGUCUUUCUUUCUCUCUUUAAAUAG